GUCAACACCUCCUCUUCCGCACGAGCUUAUCCAUCUCACACGAGGUCCGAAAGACAAGGACGCCAUCCGUUCCAGCACGAGCUCCAGUUCCAGCAUCAACAGCACGUAUUCGACCUCUUCCUCGUGCGAUCACAAGGUUCAAGGUGCAGGGCCGCGAGUCCCCUCCUCGACUAGCAAUUGUUUGCCGGAUGCACUUCGUACAAUCAUCCGUCCCGAUUCGUCCUCGUCGACCGAGUAUGCCCAUUCGCACCUUCGUGUUGGUCCAUCCUCCGCCUCCUCAUCGCACGAGAAAAACUCUCCUUCUUCCCUCUCGUCUGCUUUGUCUUUGUCAGCGCUUGUCUCUCGGCCCUCGGAUCUCGGCAUACGGGAAAAGGCUGCGAAUAAUAAGACUAUAACGGGUAGAGGAGAAUAUGGUGGAGAGAUGAGCCGUGCUGCUGACGGCCAAAGGGGAACGCAACGCCACCCACACGUGCAUCGCACAAGUCGUGCGACGAGUCUCAGUUUUACUGCAAACCAACCUGUCGUGCCACUUUCAAGACAAGGAGAAUAUUGUAGACCGGCCUCGAGCUCAACGGCCACUCCUCCCUCUCGUAAGCAUCAAACCUUUUUUUUUUCUAGCAACCUCCUCCUCGUCCUCCUUCCCCACAUUUUUACCAUCCCUUUUGUGUGA